UUGAACUGCCACCGUAUUUCUACCAGUCAUGCUGAAAAUAUGAUCUUAAAAUUUAUUUCCCUGAGUUUGCUGCACAUCACGCCAUGUUCAUCCAUCUACUGGUGUUACUUUGUGCAUCUGUCUCCGUGAUUGCGACACCCAGCGUUGUAGUCACUGGCGUGGACGUGGGAGGCUGCGCGUUGGGGUUCCCGGUGUGUUGUGAGGCUGCCAGCUCUGAUUAUAGCGAAGGUACGAGGUGCCGGAACGUUCCCAAUGUGGACGUAUGUAGUAACUCGAGUCAAUCGAGUCCAUCGAAUCAAUCCACAACCACACUCUGCUGCAAGGACGUCAGCACUGUGAAUUUGAACGGAGCAGCAACGAAUUGCACUGCCUACGACUAGCUCUAGAGUAUAUCUCUGCUUUGUUUGUAAAAUUUCUGCACUAUGAAGUGGUUGCAAGUAAAUGAUUUGCAGAACACCAGCAAAAAUGCAAAUCACCAGGCGUAACUGAUCUAGAUCUUCCUGACCGGUUAUUUCCC